CGCAUGCGUCGACUUCCUCUUUUCCGGGUGGAAUCAUGGAGGGUGUCGAAGAGAAGAAAAAGAAGGUUCCUGCUGUGCCGGAAACCCUUAAGAAAAAGCGAAGGAAUUUCGCAGAGCUGAAGGUCAAGCGCCUGAGAAAGAAAUUUGCCCUAAAGAUGCUUCGAAAGGCAAGGAGGAAGCUUAUCUAUGAAAAAGCUAAGCACUAUCACAAGGAAUAUAGGCAGAUGUACAGAACUGAGAUUCGUAUGGCUAGGAUGGCAAGAAAAGCUGGCAACUUCUAUGUACCUGCAGAACCCAAAUUGGCAUUUGUCAUCAGGAUCAGAGGUAUCAAUGGUGUGAGCCCAAAGGUCCGAAAGGUGUUGCAGCUUCUUCGCCUUCGCCAGAUCUUCAAUGGCACCUUUGUUAAGCUCAACAAGGCUUCCAUUAACAUGCUGAGGAUUGUGGAACCAUAUAUUGCUUGGGGGUAUCCAAACCUGAAGUCAGUAAAUGAACUAAUAUACAAGCGUGGUUAUGGCAAAAUCAAUAAGAAGCGAAUUGCCUUGACAGAUAACAGUUUGAUUGCUCGAUCUCUUGGUAAAUAUGGCAUCAUCUGCAUGGAAGAUCUGAUUCAUGAGAUCUAUACUGUUGGAAAGCGCUUCAAAGAAGCAAAUAAUUUCCUGUGGCCCUUUAAAUUAUCUUCUCCACGGGGUGGGAUGAAGAAGAAGACUACUCAUUUUGUGGAAGGUGGAGAUGCUGGCAACAGGGAAGACCAGAUCAACAGGCUUAUUAGAAGGAUGAACUAAGGUAUCUACCAUGAUUGUUUUUGCAAUCUGUUUAGUUAAAUAAAGUGACUACUUUCAAAUUGAAAUGUAUCGGUGGCUUUUUUGUUGGCCCUCCUCUGCCUUCCCUUAACUAUUGUGGCAAUCUUGGUGUGUGAUAAAAUUAUGCCAUAUCAACAUUCCCCUUACAUGCAAAAUUGAGGUUUUUGUCUUGUGAAAAACAUAUUUGGGGUUUAUUCAAGGCUUUUCUCUACAAAAAAUCUUAAUUUUUCCACGUUUGAAUUAUGCCAAGCAAGUCAAAAUGGAUUUAUUCUUUUUAUCCUUUUUCACAAGCAUUUAUGCAUGAUUUGUAGGUAAGAGAAUAAAAGUUUGGUUUAUGAAAAAAGUUAAA